AUAAAGAAUUAUAUUUCAGAGAUGUAGUUAGAAAUUCCUUAAAGGAUACACCUGAAGUGGUGAUAAAUAUCCAGUGGGAAAGGAUACCCGCAAGGAACUAAAAAUGGAUGUAAAUCUGGGUUACAUGGAUGGAAACAGAUAUCGUCUUCACGAUGGAAGCUUGUGGAAGUUAAAGAAACUAAAUUCUGCUUUAGACUCUGAUAUUGAUCUUACACUCAGGAGUAGAAUUCUCAGAGAGAAAGUGCUUGACAACCAGAUUAUACAGGCGUUAGUUCAUCUUCGUCCCGAGAUAGAUCUUGUUAUGCUUGAAGAAAUUAUCCAGAUUUUAUGUAAGCUAACUGCACAAAUAGAUAGUAUGGGCGAAAUGUUAGAACCUGUAACAGAACAACUGUAUUCAGAGCACAAACUUUACCUCUCUCAGGUUAAAGAUGUUUUUAAUGAACCGAAGUUUACCUGGCCAAUACUUAAACUUCUAAAGCUUUACAUCAGUGAGCUGGAUAAGAAUGAGAAUGAGAAGAAGAUUGAAGAUUGUUUAGUCUUGGUACAGAAUCUGCUCAGCAUAUCAGAGCACUAUGCUGGAACUAUGGCUGCUGCAGUUAUUGCAAAUCUUCAGUGUAGAACAGCCUUAGAAAAGUGACUUAGAGUCCAAUAACUUGUGAUUUAAGGUCAGUAACUGUAUGAAAUUUGCACUAAUUUUACUAGUAUGGGUAGCCAUUAAAACUAGAUAAUAAUUGAUCCAUUAAUGUCAUAUUCUAUAUCAUAUGGGGCACUUUAAAGUUUUCUAAAAUCAAUCUGAAAUGUCUGAGAAUCUUUCUAAGUUGUCACAACUUUUGAGACCAAAUUAUGUCACAAUUCUAAGUCACCAUUUGAAGACAAACUCAAUAGACCUAAUCAUGUCUGAGACACAUUUCUAAGUCACAGUUUUGUCUAAGACACAUUCUAAGUCACAAUUCUGAGUCUUUAUAAGGUCUGAAGCACCAUUUCAGUCACACUUAUGUCCUAAUUCACAGUUCUCCCCUCUAAGUGACAGUUCUAAGUCAAGGCUUUUUUUUCAGACCAAUUUGUGUCACAGCCUUGUCUAAGACACUUUCUAAGUCACAAAAACACCUUCUCAGUCCCAAUCAUGUCUAAGUCACAUUUGUGGGCUUGUGGAGCCCCUGAUCUGCAUACUGCAGUACUGUGUGUACUGCAGCCUGAUUCUAGAACAAUUCACCUUAGUAUAUAGACUCUUUGUAUAUUAUUUGAAAGACAGUAUUCUACAGUAGCUUGUCUUGUUCACUUGACAGUAGUUCUAAAGGCUAAAUUCUGUAUAAGACACAACUCUUGUGACAAAACUAUUCCUUUGUCAUGCUUGGUAAGGCUUAACCAUGUCUAAAACACAUUGUCAGUCACAGGCACAAGUCACAAAUAUGUUUAAGCCUGUUCUUGGAGACAAAAUUAUGUCUAAGACACUUUCU